GUCCAGAGGCGCAAAAGUGUGCUUCAAGACAAACGGUCCCGGUCUUGUGUGACUGUACAUGGCACGCUGCGAGCCGACUGUGUGUCUUGCUCUAGUCCUACUGCCACAACAUUAGGCGCUCAACGCGCGGCGUGUGGGCAGGCUCGGCGACGAGAGGGCCAGGAUGGCUGGACGCAAGGAACCAGCAGCGGUGAGGCGACGAUGAAGGCGUGCCCCGUUGUCGUGGUCUUGGUGUCACCCCAGCCACGGUGAGGGUGCUCCUUGUCGCGGGCGAGGGCAAUUGGCCGCGGGCGCUCGCGUGGGUGAAUGCGGCAGCAGGCCUGGGACCUGCAUCGCCAGCCAACCGUGUGCGACGCAGGUGUCGGCGGCGAGAUAACCUCGAGGGCGCGCCCGCGGCCACUCUCUCACCAUCCCGUGGACGUGAGCGACCGCAACGGGCCCUGCGCGUUCGUGAAGCGACUUGCACUGCGUGUCCGUUGGUGUGUUCCGCGCGAGACAAGCUUCUUAGCGCAGGUCGACUGCGGCGCUGAGCCUCAUUCCAUUGGUCGCUGGGGCAAUUGCGAGGUCCGCCCAAUUUCUAGAGAGCGACCACAGCCCGACCCCGACGCGCACCCCAGCACUGCUAGCAGCCCAGCAAGCAGCUCCUGCGUCUGCGGCCUGCUCCUGCUGCAACGCCUGCUCGCGCUCCCUCGCCGCUCCCUCCAGCAUCCAUUCUCACCCACAGUCAUUCGUUUCAGACCUCGCCACGGCGUGCAAAUCGCCAUAAUUGUCAGGCAGCGCCGCGCACCCGCCUGACGUCGCCGGCUCGCUUUGGCCCGUCCAAGCAGGUCUUCGCACCGCCAAUCGGGAGGAGCCCACCGCAACCGUCCAGGGCAGCUGCCUCAGCAACACCAGUCCCGGCCGU